AUGUCGGACAAUCCUAUGGGCCAAUCGGUGCGAGAAACUCCUCAUAUUCGACUGAAUUCGGGCCAGCAUGAUCCAUUCAGUGAUCCAGACGAGACCUACCCCCCGGUCCCUAGUCAUGCGGGCGUUGGACGCGCCUUGACACCGGGCAUGUCGAAUUCAGCGUCCACAGGGACAUUCAUGACCAUGCAGACUGGGAUGGGUUCGCCGACCCCACAGGACUCAACAGAUUUCUUGUUGCCGCCGCGGCCACAAAGGCAUCGGGAACAGUAUGAAGGGUUUCAAUCUCCGGAUUUGUCUGCGCAAUCGUCGAGACGGACAAGUUGGAGCUCGGAAGGUGGGAGUGAGAGCAGAGGCUACUUCUACCCCCGUUAUGAGGACCUGAGAUCUCCCUCGCAGGGAGAGGGUGAUGCGGAAGAUGUGAAUACACAAACGGUUACGGAGAAGUUCAACAUCAUGCCGUCAGAAGGGCUGCUUUUAUUCCCAGAGGAUGUGGAGAAGGACGAUUAUUUGCACAACCCGGAUCCGAACGACAAAGAACGGGACUGUGACAUCUGGAACCGACGAGGAAUAAUCAACGGCGGAGGUUUAGUCUUGUUGACGCUGGGUCUCCUGAUGCUGUUCAUUGGGUAUCCUGUUUUUACUGCCGUUAAAGGGAUGGAGAAACAAUCGGGCUCCAUCUGUAAAGCUGGGGAUACGUUAUGUCUUGAUGUGGGAGAGAGGUCAUUACUCAAAAAUGUGCGGCGCGGGUUGAUAGACCCGGACACUCCGGAGUCCGCAAUGACGAAGAUGUCGGCUGAUGGCAAGGAAUGGAAGCUGGUGUUUUCGGAUGAGUUCAACACACCGGGGCGGUCGUUUUAUGACGGUGACGAUGCUUUUCUUCAGGCGGUUGAUAUCUGGUACGGUGUGACGCAGGAUCUCGAGUGGUACGAUCCUGAUGCAGUUACUACGAGAGAUGGUGUGUUGGAGCUUCGGUUCGAUGCAUUCCCGAAUCAUGAAAUGAAGUAUAGGUCCGGCAUGGUACAGAGUUGGAAUAAAUUAUGCUUCACGGGCGGUCGUUUGGAAGCAAGCAUAUCCCUUCCCGGAAACGGUGAAGUGUCCGGUUUCUGGCCUGGUUUCUGGGCAAUGGGUAAUCUAGGCGCCCGGGGUAUGCCGCCACCACGGAAGGAAUGUGGCCGUACAGCUACUAUGAUGGUUGUGAUGCUGGAAUUACCCCGAACCAAAGCUCUACGGAUGUCAAGGAGUGCACCGGAAAUCGAUGUCAUCGAAGCUAGCGUUGCCGCUUUGAACGGUGAUGCGGCGACGAUGGUAGGGUCGGUUUCUCAAAGUUUGCAAAUGGCCCCAUUCGAUGUUUGGUAUAUGCCUGAUUAUGAAUACACAGCUGUGUACGAUCACAAGAUCACAGAGAUUAACAGCUAUCGCGGCGGGCCGUACCAACAGGCAAUGUCUGGACUCAGCAACCUCAAUAACGACUGGUACAACGGAACACAAUACCAGGUAUACGCCUUCGACUACACCCCAGGAGCUCGUGGCAAUAUCACCUGCCUCGGGCCCAACGGCAACAUCGGCCAGCGGAUGAUUCCUAUGGAACCGCUGUCGAUCAUCAUGAACCUGGGUAUGGCAUACAGUUUCGCGCCAGUAGAUGAAAACAUUAAGAAAUUUAUGCCUGGGUACAUGCGUUUCGAUUACCUCCGAAUCUACCAGGAUCCAGACAAUCUUAGCCUUACCUGCGACCCACCGGGCUAUGAAACAACGGAGUAUAUCGCGAAACACCCCAAGGCGUACCAGAACGUCAACAAAACUACAUGGUCCGAUGCUGGAUAUGAAUGGCCCAAAAACUCAUUCAUGCAUGGAUGUUGAGUUUUGUCAUUUCCCCUUCCAGCUAUUGUAUCCCUUCAACCGCCGAGACUUUUGCCCGAAACAUUUUUGAAACCCUUUGGGUACAUAGCCGGUCCUUUUUGUACCAACCAACUUCGUAUCACCACUGUCUCGAUGGUGUAUACUACCAUGUUCACUUAUAUCCUCUCUUGCUAAACGGCGUCUUCGGAACCUCACGAGUCGUUUUAGCGGCAUUGUGCUUUGGCGUUCGGUGGGCAUUAUGAUUUCCAUUCUGCAAAGAGCUGCCCGACCUGGAAUUGGUCGCAUUCGUGUGCGCGUCCCGCUCGGUCUGACGGACGCAUGUCGGGCUCAUUUGUUUUGUCUUCUUCACUCUGCAUGCUGGCAUUUACAUGUGUAUUAUCGUUGUCAUCUUCUGUCUGUAUACCUUUUGACAUUCCCCUCCUUUCCAACUUUUCCUUUUUUGUUAACAGAACUUGUGGGGGCUCGAAUCACUGCGCCCUUAUUUUACGAUAGAACACGUUGUCCGACGAUUCAUGGACCGUCUUCUUACCGACGAAAACGAGACUGUGUGGUAUGUACGAAUUGCAGGGCGUAAAAAGCGCUUCGCAUUUGAGAUAGUCAUGU